UUUAUUAACGAAAAAAACUCUGUAUUUUCGUUUUAAUUUUCUAUAUAUAUAUAUAUGUCUAGAGAGGACAUGGUAAAGCUUUGUGGAACCACAAGUGAUUAAGUUGAGGACAAUUGCUAGCGGCAGCUUUUAGCAUGGAGAAUGAAGUUCAGCGUCCACUAGCUGAUUUUCCAGUGAACAUCUGGGAAGAUAUCUUCACUUCGUUCUCAAAUUCGGAUCUUGGAAGUGAUAAACUUAAAGAGAAGCAUAUUACUCUAAAGGAGACUGUGAAGGAGUCGUUUAUGGCUUCAAGAGCGAACCCAAUAGAGAAUAUCAAGUUCAUUGACACGCUAUGUCGCAUUGGUGUCUCCUAUCAUUUUGAGAAAGAUAUCACAGACAAACUGGAGAAGUCGUUUGAUUGUCUUGAUUUUAACCAGAAGAUAAGACAAGAGAGAUGUGAUUUGUACACGGUUGGAAUAGUUUUUCAAGUUUUUAGGCAAUUCGGGUUUAAACUUUCUGCUGAUGUGUUUAACAAGUUCAAGGACGAGGAUGGGAAGUUCAAAGCACACUUAGUGGCUGAUGCAAGGGGCAUGUUAAGCUUAUAUGAAGCUGCACAAUGGAGCACUCCUGGAGAAGAUACUCUUGAUGACGCUCUCGCUUUCUCAAAUGCUCAUUUAGAAGAAAUUUCUUCUCGGUCUAGCCCUCAUCUCGCUAUACGCAUCAAGAACGCCCUAAAACAUCCAUUUCACAAAGGCAUCUCCAGGAUAGAAACGAGGAAAUUUAUCUCAUACUACGAGGCUGAAGAGAAGUGUGACUCAACAUUACUUGAGUUUGCAAAGAUCGACUUUAAUUUGUUGCAAAUGCUGUACCGCCAUGAGCUUGCUUGUGUAACAAGGUGGCACAAAGAAAUCGAGUUUGAAUCUAAAAUAAUAUACGCAAAACAUAGAGUUGCCGAGGCAUGCUUGUGGGCAGUUGGAACAUACUUUGAGCCUGAGUAUUCUCAAGGACGAGUUUUACUAGCUAAUGUAGUCAUCUUACUCACAGCGCUUGAUGAUACGUAUGAUGCGUAUGGCACAAAAGAGGAACUUGAUCUUUUCACAUAUGCAUUGGAAAAGUGGCUUCCCGAAGCACCUAACGGGAUACCUGACAGCAUGAAACACCUUUACCGGACCAUAAUCGAUUUCUAUGAUAAACUCGAGGAUGAGCUUGAGAAGCAAGGAAGGUCCGGUUGUGGCCUCCAUCUUAAAAAAUCAUUGAAAUCAACAGCCAAUGGAUAUAUGCAAGAAGUAAACUGGUUGAAAAAGGAUUACACUGCUAAAUUUGACGAGUAUAAAGAGAAUGCGAUCUUGUCUUCCGCUUACUAUGCCAUAAUGGGCGUGACAUUCGUCGGAAUGGGAGAAGUGGCGAAACUUGAUGCUUUUGAAUGGUUAAGUUCGCAUCCUAAAAUUAGGACAGCAGCAGAGAUUAUCUGUCGAUUCACAGAUGACAUUACUAGCUAUGAUGUGAGCACAAACUUCGAGUUUAGAGUCCUAACCAUAUAUAAAUUUGAACACAAAAGGGAACACGUAGCGACGGGCAUCGACUGUUACAUGAAGCAGUUUUGUGUUUCCAAGGAAUUAGCCGUACAUGGAUUAUUCAAUAUUGUAUCAAAUGCUUGGAAGGAGUUGAAUCAAGAGCUAAUGAGGCCUCACUCGUUUCUUUUCCCUUUCUUGAUGCGAAUUCUUAACCUUUCGCGUAUCAUCGAUGUCGUCUACAGGUACAUAACUCUUAGUACCAGAAAACAAUGAAGAGAUAAUUUCUAGGUCCUUCAAUGAAGGAGCCUGCUGGUCUAUGCACGAUCCGUAAGUCUAAGAGGGAAGUAUCGAUCGACACCCUCCAAGCAGCAUCGAUCGACAGCAUACACCAUCAGUCGAUCGACACCAUUCAUCCGACGUCGAUCGACAAACAACGUGCUGCGGUGAUCGACAGAGCCAACAAAUCGUCAAAUAACACUGUUCAACCAGGUACUGUUCAUCAUAAUACUAUUCAUCCUAGUAUUGUUCAUCGCGAUACUAUUCAUCGUGAUACUAUUCAUCGCAACACUAUUUACCUAUCGACAAUCGACUAUUCAUAUUCCGUCGAUCGAUACUAUUCAUGUCCCGUCGAUCGAUACUGUUCAUCCGAACACUGUUCAUCACGAUACUAUUCAUCGCGACACUAUUCAUGUCCCGUCGAUCGACAUUGUUCAUCCCGUGUCGGUCGACACUAUUUAUAUCCUGUCGAUCGACACUGUUCAUCCCGUGUCGGUCGACACUAUUCAUAUCCCGUCGAUCAACACUGUUCAUCCUGUGUUGGUCGACACUAUUCAUCUUCCGUCGAUCGACACUGUUCAUAUUAUGUCGCUCGACACAGUUCACCCGAACACUGUUCAUCGCGAUACUGUUCAUCCGAACACUGUUCAUCGUGACACUGUUCAUCGAAACACUAUUCAUCACGGCAUUGUUCCUCCAAUGACGAACACCACUUACGGAGAGACAAAGAAGGUCGAAGCGCUCAUACUUAAGAUCGACAAGAAAUGUAUUUGGCGAGACGAAGAAGGUCGCCCUUGCAGCCUCACAGGACAAUUGAUUAAUGCAGAGGGUAGUGUAAUCCCUGAUGUAAUUGCUGUGGCUGAGACGAAUACCUUUAAUUUGACAAGUCAAUAAUGGUAUGAUUGGGGAAGUGAGGAUCCAUGUUACGGUCUUCCUCAUGAGGAUCCCAAAGAUUUUAUCAAGAGACUUGAGGAGUUAGCCUCAGCAAACAAGCACGAUGAAAUAUCUGCAGACCACAUUAUCUGCAAGAUCUUCCCCUAUUGUUUAUCUAGAGAUGAUUUUAGCUGGUUCAGUAAGCUGCAACCAAGAUCUCUAACCUGCAACCAAGAUCUCUAACCUGCUGGGAAGACAUCAAAGACGCCUUCCUAGGUAAAUUUUUUAGCGAAGCUGUAGCAACUCGAAGUAGAAGGUUUGAUUACAUGGUGGACAAGAUGAUUGAAGAUCACGAGAAAGGAAUAAUCACUAGUCUUAGUCAGAUUAGUAUUAGUCAGAUUAUGGAUUUUGCCUAUAGCGAGCAGGAUGAAGAUUUUGAAAUCCCGACCACUCAUGUCAAGCAGCCAGCCAUUCAGGUUCACCAUGCAGAUAAGAGUAAGCAGAAGGACGAACUGAACAGAGAAAAGUUGGUCAACCAUGAUAAAGUUAAGGAUGAUGAAUAUCAUGUAUCAGGAGAGCCGAGCAAAGUAGAAGAAGCUGAUACAAAAGAUCCGACUUCAGCAUCGAUCUACAGUAGUAACUCAGAAUCGAUCGAUAUCCGCACUUCAGAAACGAUCGAUACAGAUAUUUGUCAUCGAUCAAUACCUUCUACAAUCCCUGAUGCUACCACUGUGUAUGUUAGGAUUGGACGACCGAAGGCAAUUAGAGACUAUAACAGUCCUGAGGAUGCUUAUGCUAAAAGAUCUGCAUUGCGUCGUUCAAAACUUUAGAAUACUGUCCUUGAGCUGCACCCUGCAUAUAUCUCUCUUGUGGGUCAGCAUUCUUUCCAUGGUUUUCCUCAUGAAGAUCCCACUAGCCACCUGGAGACAUUUGUAGAUCUGGCAUCGACCAUCAUAUGCAAUGGAGUCUCUGAAGACUACUAUUUAUGCAAAUUAUUCUCAUACUCUCUUGUUGGAGAAGCAGCAUAUUGGUUCAGGAAGUUGCCACUAGGAUCUCUCACUACCUGGAAUGACAUCAGAUACGCCUUCCUCACCAAAUUUCUGUAUGAUGCUGCAGCAAAUCUAGAGAUUGAGAUAAGGUCUAUGCUGGAAUAUAUGGUGGAGGAUGAUGAGCAACAUGAGUCUGGAAAGCUGAACACAGUAGAAGUAGCUGAUAUUAGUGACAUGAGCUCAUCAUCGAUCGACACCCUUACCAUAACAUCGAUCGUCACCCCCACUUCAUCGUCGAUCGACCCCAGUACCUCAGAAAUGAUCGACACAGACUUUUGUCAUCGAUCGAUUCCACUUGAAAUCCCUGAAAGAUCGAGUUGUCCUCAGGACAUUGCAAACUCGACACAGGAGAGAAUCGAUGAAUCAAGCUGUGAUCUUACCUCAGAUGUCGACAAAGUCACUCUGAAAGACUUUCUGGAGUUGGAAGAAUGGUUUUGGCAGAAGCUUGAUGAUCAGCCCGCUUCGGGAAAAGGUCUGGAAAAUUCCUUAAAGGCUGACGACAUCGACCGACAUAAAACUGAUGAGAUCGAUCGACACCCACCCUACGACAUCGAUCUACAGUCGCCGUCUAACAUUGAUCAACAUACACCCGACUGUAUCGCUCUAUACCCACCCGAUUGCAUCGAUCAACACCCAUGUUUGGAUGAACUAUCAUGAUACAUGAUUGAACCAGAACUGGUUGGAAGAAAAGAACACACAUCUGGAGCCUCACACAUUGCUGUCCCCGAAAAUCUAAGACCACCUCUAUGCAAAGAAGAAGCUCUUGGGAUUUGCAAAAGAGUGAAGAGGAUACAUGAUCCUGUGAAGAUUAUGGUUCCAUGUGCACUGUUUGAAGUUGAAUCUCCUAUCCCACCAGAUAAAGGUGUGUAUCUGAGUUCUUACAUUGAGGUAUUCAAUGAUAAACAUCAUGUAGAAGCUUCUCAAAGAGGGCUGCGAUUUAGAGAUGAAGUAGAUGAAGGUCCAACAGAAGCACCAUCGAACAACAUCAGCAAAUCGGAAUUGAUCGACACUAACACUUCAUCAUCGAUCGAUACCGAUCAGAUACCAUCGAUCGACACCCUUCGCGUAUCAGAGCAGAAUGAGUUAGAAGUGUGUCAACAUCCUUUUGAUGGAGGCACCACCACGCGAUCAGACAAGUCUGGGGGGAAAGAAGUGGAGGAACUGGAAGAAGAGAAAAAGAAUCAAUGAAGGUUCUCAGUUAUCAUUGAUUCCUCACUUCUCAGAUGAUACCAGGAAAUCCAGAGUGAGAUUACACAAGUCUGUGGGAAAGAAGGGGAGAAAUUGGAAGAAGCAGAAAUGAACCAAAGGAGGUUCUCAAUUACCAUUGACUCUUUACUUCUCAGAUAGUAUCAGAAAAUCAAGAGUGCGCAGCAAAUGCUUCUCACAUCCAUAUGCAAAACUUAGAGCACUCCUUAUUGUUGAGAUGAUAGACAAAGGAGAAGGGUAUAUGGAGGAGGCUUUCACACAAGAAUGAUAAAGCUUCAAAGAGUAGACAUUGAGACUUGGUUUGGAGCAAGUUCUCAUUCUUAUGCGGACUUAAUCAGAUCUCCAGAAGUCAAGCUAAUGACUAAAAAUAAGCGCUCAGUGGGAGGCAACCCACUGUUAGGUAAUUUUAAAUAUGGUUUAUCUUUCAUUUAUUACUGAUUCUUUGUUUUCUAAAGAUUUCAAGUAAAAUAAAA